AGGUACCCGCCAUCGCCAUUAUUGUGACCUUGUUGACCAUUAUUGUGAAAAGGCUCUAACCGGACGUUAACUUAACUCUUUUCAGCACCAGCUUGAUAACAACAAUGCCAACGGAAGCACAUUGAAACAGGUUGACAUAAUGGAGACAGCAGGAGUUUGUCAGAUUGAUGUGGCGACCAGAAGAAUUGUAGGGGGGAGUGAUUUACCACGUGAACAAGACAGCCAUUUUCAGGAGGAGGUUGCAGAGUUUGGUUUAGAGUUGUGCUGCAAUGAGGAAGAGAGAGGAGAGACUCCUGGCAGAGAGGACAGUCUAAGUGACUUGAGGGAGUCAGCGCUUGAUCUUGGAGAACCCAAGUCUUCUGAAGAGGAUGCCUUUGGGAAGGAGGUUUUCCUACUAAUGAUGGCCUUGAAUUCCUUAGCCACACCUGAAGAAAAAUUGGCUGCUUUGUGCAAAAAAUAUGCUGAUCUGUUGGAGGAAAGCCGUCGCAUGCAGAAGCGUCUGAAAGCCCUACAGAAAAAGCAGUCUCAAAUUGUAAAAGAGAAGAUCCACCUGCAGGGGGAGCACAGCAAAGCUAUCCUGGCCCGCAGCAAACUAGAGAGCCUCUGUCGGGAGCUGCAAAGACACAACAAGACUUUGAAGGAGGAGAAUGCCCAGCGUUCCAGGGAGUAUGAGGAGCAGCGCAAGGAAGCCAUGCUUCACUUCCAGAUGACUUUAAGUGAUAUUGAAAUGCAGAUGGAGCAACACAGUUCACACAAUAUUAAGCUGAAGCAGGAGAACAUGGACCUUGCUGAGAAACUUAAAAAGCUCAUUGAGCAGUAUGAGCUCAGAGAGGAGCACAUAGACAAAGUGUUGAAGCACAAAGAUCUACAGCAACAGUUGAUGGACGCUAAGAUGCAAAAAAUCACUGAAAUGAUGAAGGAAGUGGAGGAGAAACAGCAACGAGAAAGAAAUGUUUUGCUGAAAGAUGCCACAGAAUCUAGACGCAAGUGUGAGAUGAUGAAGGAGCAAGAAGUUCAACUCAAACAGCAGCUGUCCCUCUACAUGGACAAGUUUGAGGAGUUUCAGAGCACUCUGGCUAAAAGCAAUGAUGUCUUCACCACUUUCAGACAGGAGAUGGAGAAGAUGACGAAGAAACUUAAGAAACUGGAGAAAGAAACAACACAGUGGCGAACUAAAUGGGAGAGCAACAACCAGACUUUGCUGCGGAUGGCAGAAGAGAAAACUCUGCAAGACGGCCACUUCAAGGCUCUGCAGGGUAAGUUGGAGCUUCUGGAGAGGCUUUGUAGAGCUCUGCAGAAGGAGAGGAAUGACCUCAACAACCAGUUAAGCCUCCUUCAGGAGCAGGGAUGUGAGCCACCAGAUCUACCAGGGAAUGAAGGUGAAGGAGAGGAUGAGAAACUGGCCUGGGAGAAGAGGCUGGAGACAAAGGAAAUCAAUAAAACUCAACCCAAUGAGGUGGCCUCCACAGAGUCUCUUGAAAGCACUACUGCUUUGUUGUCAAGCCAGCCUUUUGAAACCAAAGCCAGCCUGCAGGACUGAGACUUCAACUAGACUUCAACUAAUCUGCUGUGUAUGUGUCUUUUCUAAAUUCUACACCUAGAUCUCCAGUUCUUUAACAAACAAUAUACGAAUAUAUAUUUGUGCGAUAGUGUACAAACCGUGUUUUGACUGUUUCAUUGACUUUCUCUUUGAAAUCUGUAUAAUCCAUGUUUGCAGUGGUUUUAAUAAUUAUGGUUUGACUGCUUUGUACUUUUUUUUUCUACCGAAGUAUUUUCAUAAGAAAAAAGUUCGCAGAAAUGUUCUUUCUCUUUUCAGAAGUCUUAUUGGUCAUUUAAAAUUAGUUCAGUAAUGUGCAUUUUACCUGUAAUAUAUGAAUAUGAUUGUAGCUCAAAAACUAAGUGUAAUUUUCCAUCUGUACUAGGCACAACAUAUUUAAUAUGAUUUUCAUACCUUAUCAAGGUGGGACCAGGUUUCUUUUUAGAAAAUAUUAAAUGGUAUCAAAAAGUCA